CGAUCGUCUCGAGGGAGACGACAGUUGGCUUCCUCAUGACGCUGGCCGUCGCGCCUGGAGUAAAACCUCCUUUGCCGUUACGUUGCUUCGUAUAUCGAAGUGAAAGAUUGGGCUCGCUCUCUGGGUAAUCAUAAUGAGCACGAACGUUUCUAUGAUAGCUAGCGCCCUGUUGCUCUUCCUGCAUCGUAACCUACGAGCAAAAUCAUGGGAUUCACAGAUUUCUGGCACAUGCUGGCCCGCGUUCAGCAUAGCCGUUGGCAUGACGUCUUCAGCGUACCAUACCUUAAUGGAUUUCGUACUCAGAGUGCUUCCGAUGAGGGAGGUUGUCCUGUCAUCUGGGGAAGCGCCAAAGCCGCUACGGCUGUCAUGGCUGCUUCUAUUCCCGCGCUUCGAGUACUCGUAGGAGAUAUCGGGACUUCAAGCACAUGGUGCUGCGAGUCAACCUCGUUUGGGGCCACGCUCAGGUCCCUAGAACACGCGCCGAAGAGAGACCGCCGGCCUCCCGACAAAACCAGCCGAGGAGGCAAGAUAUAUGACGCCGCUACUGACCAGGAAAGCGAGGACAAAGUCGGGCUGAGCUGGUCGGAGUCGGGCAGGAUCAUCAAAACGCAGGCAGCAUGCCCCCCCACAUACGACGAAAUACUGCCAGUGGGUGGAGGACGAAAAGAAGAGGAAUAAGAAAACAGAAGAGGGUCCAGCAGGGAAAUUAGGUAUGUAAUUAAGUACCUAGGUACUAGCAUAAAUUAAGUGCAUAACGGGUAAACUUCUUAUGUCAUCCUCACAACCCGCCAUGAGUUACCAUAUGUACCUAUGUACACUGCGCCAAGUGACACACAGAGGGCGGCAGGUGGCAGUGCCGAGCUA